AUGCUACUGUCUCCUCAAGCAGAGAGGAACUGGGAGGAAGUGUGCUCGGUUCUAGAAGAAGUGUUGGAGGACCAGUCACACCGGCAGCUCUUCGCUCUGGAAAUUGGUUCCGGAACCGGGCAGCACGUCAUCCGCUUUGCCCAGAAGAUGCCUUUUGUCACCUGGCAGCCGUCAGACAUCCAGGAGGAGGCCCGGCAGAGCAUCAAAGCAUACAUCGACGCGACCAAUAUGACGACAGUGCUGCCACCUGUGCACCUGGAUGCUAGUGAACCAUGGGAAAAGUGGGCGGGGCUUACUCGUGGAUCCUGUGAUGUCAUUAUUGCAAUUAACUUACUGCAGUACAGUUCCUUUAAGACAGCACAGGGUGUUUUCAAUGGGGCAGGGCAGGUCAUAAAACAAAAUGGCCUACUGGUAAUCUACGGGGUGUAUGCAAUUAACGGCACCAUUACACCGCAAUGUAAUGAACUCCUAGAUGAAGAACUACGCAAAGUGAAUCCCGAAUGGGGACUUCCAGAUGUGGACGUGCUCCGGCAGCUGGCCUAUGGGAAUGGCAUGCGUAUGGAGAGAAUGGUGGAGAUGGAAGACUGCUACAAAUCUCUCAUCUUCAGAAAAAUAUAG